CUUUUGCUAUAUCUUCAAUCGCAGCUCAAAGCUUUGGAAGCCGAGCUUUGUCGAUUCCAUUUCGUUUCAUUCUACCGAGGUUUUAUUUGACGAGGUUAUCUGUCCGGACUUGUUUACAUUGGAACUCGGAACUGGAGCUGAUUGGAAGCGAAUCUCGGCCAGAGGCAGUAUUCAGUUGAAAGUGAAACGCGUGUGGAGAGGAUGCUGGAUGUGGUGGCUCUUCUGUUGAUCGCCCUGGCAGUGGGCUUUUGGUUUGUGCGCACGCGAUUGAGCUAUUGGAGCAGGAGGGGCAUUGGCAAUGUCCCGGGUCGGUUUCCCGUGGGCAAUAUGGAGGGUUUCCGGAAAUCGAAGCACUUCAUCGAUAUUGUUACGCCGCUGUACGAGAAGUUCCGGAACAAUGGAUCACCGUUUGCGGGUUUUUCUAUGAUGCUACGACCCGUGGUGCUCAUCACGGAUUUGGAGCUGGCCAAGCAUAUACUCAUACGUGAUUUCGCCAACUUUGAGGAUCGUGGGAUGUACCACAAUGAGCGGGAUGAUCCGCUGACCGGUCAUCUAUUCCGGAUCGAUGGACCCAAGUGGCGACCCCUGCGCCAGAAGAUGUCGCCCACCUUCAGUUCCGCCAAGAUGAAGUACAUGUUUCCCACGGUUUGCGAAGUGGGCGUGGAAUUGGCUCAGGUGUGCCGCGAACUGGCCGAUAACGCCAUGUGCGGCAUCCUUGAGAUCAGUGAUUUGAUGGCCCGCUAUACCUCCGAUGUCAUAGGACGUUGUGCCUUCGGCGUGGAGUGCAAUGGCCUCCGGAAUCCCGAGGCGGAGUUCGCCAUAAUGGGCCGAAGAGCCUUUUCCGAGCGUCGACACUGCAAACUGGUCGAUGGUUUCAUCGAGAGCUUUCCCGCUCUGGCCCGCCUGCUGCGCAUGCGGCAGAUCCAUCAGGACAUUACGGAUUUCUAUGUGGGCAUCGUCCGGGAGACUGUGAAGCAAAGGGAGGAGCAGGGCAUCGUGAGGAGCGACUUCAUGAACCUGCUGCUCGAAAUGAAGCAGAGGGGUGAGCUCACCAUCGAGGAAAUGGCCGCCCAGGCUUUUAUAUUCUUUGUCGCCGGCUUUGACACCUCCGCUUCCACCUUGGGAUUCGCCCUGUACGAGCUGGCCAAACAGCCGGAAAUUCAGGAGAAGCUGCGCCAGGAAAUCGACGACGCACUGAAACUGCAUCAGGGGGAAUUCACCUACGAAUCCAUGCAGGAGCUGCGCUACAUGGAACUGGUCAUUGCAGAAACCCUCCGGAAAUAUCCCAUUCUACCCCAGCUCACUCGGAUAUCCAGGCAUUUAUAUGCCGCCAAGGGUGACCGUCGCUUCUACAUUGAGCCCGGCCAGAUGGUGCUGAUUCCGGUCUACGGGAUCCAUUACGAUCCGGCCUUGUAUCCAGAGCCCCACAAGUUUAUACCGGAGCGGUUCCUGGCCGAUCAACUGGCCCAGCGCCCCACCGCCUCGUGGCUGCCCUUCGGUGAUGGACCCCGCAAUUGCAUUGGCAUGAGGUUCGGCAAGAUGCAGACGACCAUUGGGCUGGUCAACCUGCUCAGGAGCUUUCACUUCAGCGUCUGUCCGCGAACUGACCCCAAAAUCGAGUUCGUCAAGUCCAAUGUUCUCCUGUGCCCCGCCAAUGGUAUCUACUUGAAAGUCCAAGAACUAAGCCAACUGCGGAGAUAUGCUUAUAUACGUCAUAUCAUCCCAAUGGAAACUCAGUUUAGAGCGGAACGUGAACCAGAAAUGUCGCUGUUACUUUCGCUAGUCGCGCUUUUGGUGUCGUUGCUUUUAUUUUUCGCGCGACGACGUCAUGGAUAUUGGCAGAGGAGGGGCAUUCCCCACGAUGUGCCACACCCACUUUACGGAAACAUCAAGGACUGGCCCACUAAACGACACAUUGCCCAUAUCUUUCGGGACUACUACUUCAAAUACAAGGGUUCGGAUUACCCAUUUGCUGGCUUCUAUUUCUUUUUCACACGAACUGCUGUGGUGACCGAUUUGGAACUGGUCAAGAGAGUGAUGAUCAAGGACUUUAAUCACUUCGAGAAUCGGGGUAUUUUCUACAACGAGAUCGAUGAUCCGCUAUCGGCCACUUUGUUCAGCAUUGAAGGUCAGAAGUGGCGGCAUUUGAGGCACAAGUUGACACCCACUUUUACGUCCGGCAAAAUGAAACACAUGUUCCCUAUAGUGGUGAAAGUUGGAGAGGAAAUGGAUAAGGUCUUCAGUGACAAAGCUACUUUGGGUGAAACUCCAGUUCUAGAGGUUGUGGAUCUGGUGGCACGUUAUACCGCCGAUGUAAUAGGUAACUGCGCCUUUGGUCUGAAUUGCAAUAGUUUGCACGAUCCCAAGGCGGAAUUUGUGACAAUUGGCAAACGGGCGAUCACCGAACAUCGUUAUGGAAAUAUGCUAGAUAUAUUUCUAUUCGGCUUUCCCAAGCUAUCGCGACGUUUGCGCCUAAAACUGAACAUCCAGGAGGCGGAGGACUUCUACACCGCAAUCGUAAGGAAAACCAUUGACCACAGAUUGAAGACCAACGAGAAGCGGAAUGACUUUAUGGACAGCCUGAUUGAAAUGUACAAGAAUGAGCAGGCUGGCAACUCCGAAGAUGGGCUUACGUUCAACGAGCUCCUUGCCCAGGCAUUUAUCUUCUUUGUGGCUGGGUUCGAGACGAGCUCUACGACCAUGGGAUUUGCUCUUUACGAGCUGGCCCGCAAUCAUGAUGUCCAGGAUAGACUCAGAGAGGAGAUCAACAAUGUUCUGGACAAGUACAACAACGAGUUCACAUACGAGGGAAUCAAGGAAAUGAAGUAUCUGGAGCAGGUCGUCAUGGAAACCCUUCGAAAGUAUCCCGUGCUGGCGCACCUUACGAGAAUGACCGAGACCGACUUUUCACCGGAGGACCCCAAGUAUUUCAUUGCCAAGGGUACAAUCGUUGUGGUCCCAGCUCUGGGCAUUCACUAUGAUCCGGAAAUCUAUCCCGAACCGGAUAAAUUCAAGCCAGAACGCUUCACCGACGAGGCAAUCGCUGAUAGACCGUCGUGCACCUGGCUUCCAUUUGGUGAAGGUCCCCGGAACUGCAUUGGUUUGAGAUUUGGACUAAUGCAGACCUGUGUGGGAUUGGCCUAUCUGAUCAGGGGCUAUAAGUUUAGUGUGGCCCCGGAGACACAAAUACCCAUGAAGAUAGUCGUGAAGAACAUUUUAAUAUCAGCUGAGAAUGGUAUCCACCUCAAAGUCGAGAAGCUUUCCAAGUGAGAUUUUUAAUAAGAUUAAUAAUUGUUUUCAUUUCUGAAAAUACGAUUCCGUUGUACUAUAAACUAAAGCUAAACAGAACUUAUUCGCUGCAAUGCAUAAUUCUGUACAAAGUUGUUAAACGCUCUGCGAGACUUAAAAAGUAAUAAAAUAUAA